UUACCUUCUAGGGGAAGGAAGCAAAAUAAUAAAGGUCAAGUCUUUGGCUUUCUCAAACUCCCAAUAACAAAAGAAGGAAACUACAAAGAAACGUCUCUGACUCGCUUGAGGGUUUUGACGUUGCCUCCCUUCUUCUUCCAUUUCGCGCUUUUGCUUUCUUUCGCUUUCGCCUGGAAAACUCUCGAACCCUACAUCCUCUUUCCCCGAAAUUCAAAAACCGCUGCUAAAACAUAGAAUUGCCCUCACCCACAUUCACAGAAACACCAAAAUAAACGAUUUUGGGAGAGACCCAGAAAGAUAGAGAGAGAAAUGGGGCCGAGUCACGCAUUUUCUACGGCGGAGAAACUCAGGAAAGCCGGCAACUCUUACUUCAAGAAAGGGCGCUUCAAUGCCGCCAUCGAGGCAUAUACUGAGGCGAUAACUCUGUGCCCUGAUAUUCCUGUUUAUUAUACGAAUCGCGCCCUUUGCCAUCUGAAGCGUAAUGAUUGGACGAGAGUGGAAGAAGAUUCUCGGAAAGCUAUUCAGCUUGAACACAACUCAGUUAAGGCUCACUAUAUGCUGGGGCUUGCAUUACUACAGAAGCAAGAGUAUGCUGAUGGAGUUAAGGAAUUGGAAAGGGCUUUGGAUCUUGGGAGGGGUGCCAAUCCGAAGGGUUAUAUGGUAGAGGAGAUCUGGCAGGAGCUUGCAAAAGCAAAGUACAUGGAGUGGGAGGAUUUAUCAAGCAAACGUUCAUGGGAAUUGCAAAACUUGAAAGAAGCUUGUGAGAAUGCUCUCAAAGAGAAACAUGACGCUUUUGAAAUGGAAGGGUUUUUGGAUGAAGCUGGUCCUACUCAUAUGAAACAGUUAGAGGCUUUAGGAAGAGUGUUUGAGAAAGCUGCAGAAGCUGACACACCAAGUGAGGUGCCGGAUUACCUCUGUUGUAAAAUCACUCUCGACAUAUUUCGUGAUCCUGUGAUUACUCCUAGUGGGGUUACAUAUGAGAGAUCAGUGAUCCUUAACCAUCUUGAGAAGGUGGGUAACUUCGAUCCAAUCACGCGUGAGCCACUUGAUCAAUCACAGUUAAUACCAAACUUAGCCAUAAAAGAAGCAGUCGAAGCAUAUUUGCAACAACAUGGUUGGGCUUACAGAACAGUGUGAAGGUUUAUUUUUCUUCUGAACAAACUUAGAAGAGUCGAGAUAGUGGCGCUAAAACAUGUAAUGAACUACAGUGGGAGAGUGCAGUAUCCUCUUGGUAUGCUUGUUGUGUCUGAUCUUUUGUGCCCCCAAUCAAUGUUAGUCGCUGUUAUUUAUAUUUGCAGUGUUUUUGAUGUAUGAUGCUGUGCCCUCAAUCAUCAUAUUGCAGGUGGUCCUUAUCCUAUUUUAAAUUGUACAGAAACCAGUUAGAUUAUUGAUUACUGAACCUUUGCA